CUCCAGUGUUAUCUGGCUCCUACCUGGCUGUCAGUUCUCUUCUUCAGGGUGCCUGCUCGGCUGUCGCUUCGUGCCAGACGCCUAGAUGAACUCUCGGUCUGAUAAGGAGACAAACCCACACCUCAGCAGCAGUGAGUGAACUGCCGACGCCCAGGCCGUGAUCUACGGAGAGCCACUGGGACCAAACUGUGUUUAACACCGCCCUCUCUCCGCCCACUCUCCGCCCACACACUCAGAGGAGUCAAAGCAUCAUCAUCACACUUGAUAAUCGUGGCAGACAAAAAGCUAAGCACCAGAAGGUUGGAUUGACGAUCAAAAAGUCUAGCGCCUCCUGAAGCCUGGAUCUCAGACUCAAAUAUGAGGCUUCCUUUCUGGGAAGAAGGUGUUGGUGCCACGGACUCAAGAGUUUGUUAUGUGCUGAGGAUAAGGCAAGGAGCGGCGCACAUCCGAGAGAGGGGAUAUAACGGGAUAAAGCGAGUGAAAAGACAAAAAAAAAAGAAAAAAGUUGCAUUGCCUGGUGUCCACGCAUCGUCAUGCCGAGGUACAACUUCUUACUGUGCUUGAUGGUGCUCAUCUCCCUGGGACAGUCGGGGAGCGAUGAGCCCAAUGUGCUGCUGCCUUCUGCCAGCGAGACGCCCACGGAUGCCGGGCUGUCCCUGCUGGACGAGGACGCCGGUUCUCACGAGUGCUCCGCCUGUGUUUGGAGGGAGCAGAGCAAAGUGCUGAGACUAGAGACCAUUAAGUCCCAGAUCCUGAGCAAGCUGCGUCUGAAGCAGGCGCCCAACAUCAGCCGGGAGGUGGUCAAUCAGCUGCUGCCCAAGGCGCCUCCGCUCCAGCAGCUCCUGGAUCAUCACGACUUCCAGGGAGACGCGUCGUCCCAGGAUGAGUUUAUGGAGGAGGAUGAGUACCACGCCACCACGGAGUCCGUGAUCACCAUGGCCUCUGAGCCGGAGCCCCUGGUGCAGGAGAACGGGAAGCCGAGCUGCUGCUUCUUCAAGUUCAGCCCCAAACUGAUGUUCACCAAGGUGCUGAAGGCCCAGCUGUGGGUGUACCUGCGGCCGCUGCAGCAGACCUCCACCAUCUACCUGCAGAUCCUCCGGCUGAAGCCCGUCACGGAUCAGGGCAGUCGACACAUCCGCAUCCGCUCCCUGAAGAUAGAGCUCAACUCCAGGGUUGGCCACUGGCAAAGUAUUGACUUUAAGCACGUGCUGCAGAACUGGUUCAAACAGCCCCACACCAACUGGGGAAUCGACAUCAACGCCUUUGAUGAGAGCGGCAAUGACCUGGCAGUUACCUCGCUGCGACCCGGAGAGGAGGGACUGCAGCCAUUCCUGGAAGUGAAGGUUCUUGAGACGACCAAGCGCUCUCGGAGAAACCUCGGCCUGGACUGCGACGAGCACUCCACCGAGUCUCGCUGCUGUCGCUACCCUCUGACUGUGGAUUUCGAGGCGUUUGGCUGGGACUGGAUCAUUGCCCCCAAACGCUACAAAGCCAACUACUGCUCCGGCCAGUGCGAGUACAUGUUCAUGCAGAAAUACCCGCACACCCACCUGGUGCAGCACGCCAAUCCCAGAGGCUCUGCAGGGCCCUGCUGUACCCCGACCAAGAUGUCCCCCAUUAACAUGCUCUACUUCAAUGACAAGCAGCAGAUCAUUCACGGCAAAAUCCCGGGGAUGGUGGUGGAUAGAUGUGGCUGCUCUUAGGCUGCAGGGGAAACGCACACUUGUGUACAGCCACCAUCGCAUCAAACCACCCAAAACCCUUACGGAGCUCUCCCCUGGCACCAGAACCCACUACUCGGCACCAGAUUUCACUUUUGCUCAGCCACAAAAUCAUCCCACUGGGUUUCCAUUUUUCCAGUAAUUAAAUUGAUUCUAACUGUAAAAAAAAGAAAAAAGAAAAAAGUUAUAAAUUAAACAUGAAUCAAAAAAAGGACUGAGUGAUGGAAAUACAGUACAUUAUGAAUGAUUUAAAGAGGUCGUCCGUGUGGAGCAGCUUCAGAAAACGGUAAAUGAGACAAAACUAUGUUAUAGAGUACGUGUUAGUUUUGUGGGUUUUUUAAAGGUUGUUGUUUUGUCUUUUUAUGGCAUCUUUGUGAAAUGUCCAGGUUAGUGGAUUGAGAUGACAGGAGACAUAAGCAUUUACAAUAUUUUAAAAGCAAUUUCAGUCCUCCUAAGGUGAGUUUGGAAAUACCUAAUUUUACAGAUACGCUUACUUACGGGUGAGAUUUGAUCCACAAAAAUGUUUGCAAGGGGGCAUGAUCAGAAUUAUUUUGCAAUCCUUCACUUUAACAAAAAUAACUAAAUCCAUGCUAAUGUGAGGAGGGGUUUACCGUUAGUAUAAAUCCAAAAUCUUGUUUACAGAUGUGCUCUAGGGAUGUAAAGUGUUGAGGAGAUCCAAAACCAAACCUAUACCCUCUAUUAAUGUAUAACACCCCAGUGUGACAUUCUCGAGUAUCUACGAAACCUUUCACAGUUACUUUGAUCUUUUUUUAUUUGUUGUCUUGUAAAACUCAAAAAGGAAAAGGGAGAGAAGAGGUUACGCUAUUUUAACUCUGUCUUUCAAAGCGGAUAAAUAAAGCCAGUAUAGCUAUUUCUGCCAUUCUGCAAAAGUAGAUAAGACAUAUUUAGGUUUCACUGCCAAACUAAAGUCUAAAACUAAGUCCUGUAAUGUAGAUGCACUCUGAAGUUAUUCGGCACCGCCUGGGAGAGGAGGAGGAGCAGGAUCCUGCAGGAUGACGAGAACCCGACACAUUUUCUUUCUUCUACAUGACAAAAGGAAAAUAAAUGUUCACACCUUCAACUUUUGCAUUGAUGAGAUGUAAACGCACUGUUUCAUAACUUGAACAGGCCCGGGACUGAGCAUGUAAUAACAAACAGAGAGCAAAAAAUCCAUAUCCUGAAACAAAACACACGAGGGUGACAGUCCUGCUCAAAUGUUCCCCAUGAUGUGAACUAUUGAGCUGAAAAUAGCACAGAACAGAAUAACAGUAUUGUAACUAGAAGUUUACACACUCAUACUUACAGUAGUGUUUGCGUCCGUGUUAAAAAGAAAAACACUUAAAUUUAGAAAGAGCAGUAGCUUCAUUACUCACGUCGUCGACCCAGUUCAUUCACUUUAUCUCGAUGCUAGUUUCAGAAAAGAGGAAAAUAAAAAUGCAAAAACCUUUAACUGCAGUACUGUACUCAGAAAUAAGAGCUUUUAUAAAUCACAACAAACCACAUAACACGUGCAAAUCAAGAGAAUGUAACUCAACCACUGACUUUAGAUUAGAGAACCUUUUUGAUUGCGUUUUGAAAUGCCCCCAUCCACCUCCACCUCAACUGUAUUGUCAUUAUCAUAAAAUAUUGUUAGUGCUUGAACACAGAGUAGAUUAGUAACGCUUAAAGUCUGUCUUUGUCUCCUGGAUGUCAAAGCAAAGAUAUCCUUUUGUUGUAAACGAAAGCACUAUGCUGUUGGAUAAAGGAAGAGCCUUCUGACAUUAUAUAUAAAUGAUAUAUGUAUAUAUUAAAAAAAAAGGGUACAAAAACCUUUUUUUAGGGCACUCUACCUUACCAACAAUAAAUUUUGCACUAUGGGACGUUCAUGGCGUGAGGAGGUAAAGUGUUGUUUGUGUUUUACCAAGCAUAAGAGAGCUUGUACAGUAUAGGAUAAAAAAAAAAAAAAAACUAUUCAAGCUUCUGGUGAUAAACCAUGAACUAGAGAGGUUAUCACUUCUUUUUGAUACCAUCACGCUUUCCUGACUUUUGUCUGAAGCGGGGGCCUGUCCAUACACUCACACACUUUUAUCCAAUCUGGAACCUGGACGUACUGUACCAGCGGCCUGAAAGGCCUCCUUGCCCACUUUGGGUGAUAAGUCAUGUGUAUAAUAAGUGUCUGGAUCAAUGAAAAUAGAAUGCUUUAACUGGAAAUGGCCCGCCCACCAACUUUAAUCUGUUACCAUGUUAGAGAGACUACGUCCUUUUGACUUAAACAAUGUGUCGACUGUCUUGCGUAGACAUGUUUUUGCCUUUGUGUGUAUUUUAAGUGAAAGCACCCAUGUAAGAAUGGGAGGAGUAUCCAGGGAUUGUUAGCCAAAGUAGAGGAUGACAUGUUGUGUGCUGUAACUUUUGUGAUCGCAGGAAUAUGCUAGAACAUUUCAAAGGGAGGAAAAAGCUGGUUUCGGGGCAGUGGUUGGAAAUAAUUCAACUGGUCAAUUGUCUAUUUAUUAAUAUUAAUUACAAUGCAUUUCAAAGUCUGUCUACCUCACUUUAGCCUCCUAAAAACCUUGCUUUUUUAAAUUUGUCAUCGAUUAAUCUGUGCAAACAUUUAACCUUCAAGAACCCCCCCAAAAAAUGUAGAUGAAAACCACAGGGUCCCCUUGCUCUCAGGUUCAGAUUGAGUUAUUGACAGAGUGACUGAUGGUAGCGGCUCUGGUAAUGUGUGGUCUAAAGAAAUAAUUAGCAGUGCCCACAUCUAUAACUUGUUGAGAAGUUGCAUUUUGAAUUUUAGUGUUUGUAUACUGGUAUGUGUGAGAGUGUUUUCAUAUAAAUAUAUGAGAGUAAGAAAUCUCUAUGUAAAUACCUUCCCAAAUGUUGACAUUUAUGAUGUUUUGGACAGGUUCGCCGCUUCUAAUGUUUUUCUCACUUUCCCCCUUCAUUCCUCCGUUCUUUGUGUAGUUUUAAAAAUAAAUCACCCCAACUUUGUAGUUUAAUGGUUGUGCAUAUGAAUAACUGUUCAAUUGUUAUUUUUGCCUUUUGUUGUUUAUUUACUGUCAUUUUUCUUUUGUACAAUAAAUCAUUUAUUUAGCUUA